AUGCCAAGGGCCCUGAGAGCCCAAAGGCCAGAGAAGGACCCCGAUCGCUGGCCGCAACCUCCCGCCCCGCCUCCCUCCGAGCGGCCCCCGUGCAGCAGGCGCGGCUCCGGCCUCUGGGCCGCGAAUGCGGCCCUGCCGAGGCUAGGAGGCCCGCCAGAAGCGGGUGAGUACAGAUCGUCCCGCAGAAGAGCGGGAACGGCUCGAGGGGAGAGGCCUUCCUCCUCCCGGGCGCGGACUCCCAGCCCCGAAGCCGGCUCCUCCUACCUCCGGCGCCGCCGCGGCACCUUCUCAACCGAGAGCCUUGCGCUGGCGCAUGCGCCCCCCGGCGUCCCACGGAGCACGGCUUGUGCGCAGGCGCAGAGCGGUCGCGUCAGGGAAGUGGAGGGGGGUCUUCCCGUCUUCCUUUGCGGCCUCGGGGGGGCGCGCUACGGAGUGGGGCAGGGCGAGUGGGCGGGGCGAGGCGCGGCUCACCUGCCGCGGAGCGUGAGCGCGGGGAAAGGCGGUGGCGCGGGCGGGAGCCUCGCCCAGGGUGGCCCCGAGCCCCAACCUGUUGCGCCCGCAGGACCUUGGGGGGACGUCGAGGCCCGCGUAGGGGCCACGCUGCAGCCCGAGGCCUGGGCGGCGGUGCGGACGGCCGCGCUCAGAGGAGGGGAGGCGCGGGGCGCGAAGGGCCGGUGCCAAGGGCUUGGAGCGGCCCGGCCCGGUCGCCGUCGGUUACUUUCUGGCCGAGCAUCUGAGUUAAGUGGGAUCCCAGGCGCUGUACGUGUGACCGCUCAAGGCGAAGGAGAGUUGCGACUCGUGCCAGGGUCUCCUGGUGGCAAGAUGGAGGCUACCACCAAGAUGGCUGCACACGUGAAGCUGGACCCCACACAGCACCCCCACCUCAGGUCUUCCCAUCCCUUCCACAGAGAGCCUGCCAGCUGGGUUCAGCACCCCCAGGGGUUCUCGACUCUUGACCUGGGACACCAUGGGGGGGCACCUGUGACACACUCUUCCCAGGUCUGGAUCCUUCCCUUGGUGCUUCUCUACCCUAGGGAUUCUGUGGAGUUCUCUUUUGUUGGUUCCUAGUUAAUUUCUGUAAGUAAUUAAUUGUUCUCUGUACUGAACGGCCCUUGUCUCCGCGUUGGACCCACGGACAGACCUGGAUUGAAGAUAUUGUGGAUUUUAAA